AUGUCAACUCCUACCACAGCAGAGACCUACCAUCAAUCUUUUGUUAAGAAUAAAUUAAUUCAACUUGAACUCGAGUUUGAACAUCAUCAUUUUUUGCUGUCACUUUCAUAUGACAGACACAUUGCAAUAACACAUUUAUACAGAGAUAGAAAUAACAACAAAAAGAAGACCAUGGUUAGCAAAGCGCAAAUAGGAUUGUUAGCAACGGUUAUUGGUGUUGGUGGAUUUAUUUUCUACAUUCAUACCGAUCAACAAGAUGCAAGACUUAAAAUGAGACAAGCAGUUAUUAAAGAUAUUGAAAGAGAAAAGUGGAAAGAGGUUAAUAGAAAUCAACAAAAGAAUUAA